AAAAUGCGAGCGUCAAAUGAUUAGCGCGGGGGUUAUAAAGGCGUGAGAUGUGUGGGGUAAUACAAAGCGGCUUCAAUAAGUUAGAGACAGGUCGUCAACCGAACAGCAAUGAGCCAAGUUGAAUGUUGCGCAAAGUCGAGAAGGUCGCCAGGACCACAUUCCGCGGAAUACUUUGACCAGAUAACUACCAAACAGAACCUGGAAUCGUUGCUGUUUGGUUACUUUACCAUGCAAGACAAGCAUAUCGCUAACGAUAUUACAGAAGUCAAUCCUCAAGACAACAUGCCUUCUCCCAGUUCAAGCAAAGAUUUCGUGUUCUCCAAAUUCAGCAAUGGUCAAAUAUGCGAACAGAUGGACCUUCCAUGCUCACUACCCGAAGGAUUUCGAUUAAUUAGUGUUGCUAUGGGAACGGGAAGCCACUAUGCUGUCAUCAGUUGCAAGAAGGUGCUAGUCAAGGGGACUAAACUGGGUCCGUAUACUGGCAGUCACGUGACAAUCGAGGACUUGUGUGAAGGACAAGACAAUCCUCAUCUKUGGGAGGUUUUUAAAGACAGUAAACUGAGUCAUUACAUCAAUGGCAGGACUGAUUCCAACAACUGGAUAAAGUUGAUUAAUUGCGCUCGUCAAACCUCAGAGCAAAACCUUGCACUAGUUCAAGAAGACGAUCACCUCUACUACGAGGCAUGUAGAGACAUCUACUGUGGGGAGGAACUGUUAGUUUGGUAUGGAAAGUCGUACGAGAUGUACAUGGGAAUACCGAUAGGAAUGAUGGGAAAUAGUAAACCAUUCGACUGUAAGGACGUCACGCAAGGGUCUACAGGCAACUAUACAUGUGACAGAUGUAACAAAGUAUUUGCCUACAAAUACUACCGUGACAGACACCUUAAAUACACGCGAUGCGUUGACCAAGGCAACAGACGGUUUCCAUGCUCRUUGUGUGACAGAUCGUUUGAYAAGCGUGACAGAUUACGUAUACACAUUCUCCAUGUCCACGAGAAGCAUCGUCCUCAUCARUGCACCGUGUGUGACAAACGCUUCUCACAGUCAUCAAGUCUUAACAAACAUAUGAGAGUUCACAGUGGAGAAAGACCGUAUAACUGCCCUCACUGUGAGAAAUCCUUCACCGCUUCAUCAAUCCUGCGCACGCAUAUCAGGCAACACAGCGGUGAAAAGCCAUUCAAGUGUAAGCAUUGCGGGCGCGCAUUUGCAUCACAUGCAGCACAUGAUAGUCACGUGAGACGYACACAYACCAAAGAGAAACCAUGUGUCUGUGAAUACUGUGGAAARGCCUUCGCACAGUCCUAUGAAUUAAAGUUCCAUAUCAACAUGCAUACAGGAGCUAAGCCCUAUACUUGUGAGAAGUGUGGUCGRGGAUUCUCAAGUCCUUCGUCACGAGAUCGGCACCGAGCAAACUUCGACUGCACUACGAGGAAAAACCGAGCACCGAAGGUUAUGCGAAAGAGCAAUCAGCUCAUAGGACAGAUUUCAAACAAUGUACUGAAGUUGCAAAAUGCAUGAUGGGAAUGCRACUUGUGCAGUCACGUGAUGUGACGUUUGUUACGUGAUUGGUCAACAGACAUGAAAAAAAAAAAUAGAAUUUACUAGAUACAAUUAUUCCUAAUCGUUCAAAUAAUAAGCAAUAGAAAUACGCAAGAUAUAAUUCGUAUUUUCAUAUAUUUUUGUGACAAUGUUUAUUUAUUCAAUUAUUUAUGUUUUCCAUAUCGCAAAGCGAUCUUCAUUUGAUUGCUUAAAAUAAUAUAAUAUAUAAUUAAACGAACACGAUACAUUUUUUCAAAUGUAACUGCAUGUAUAUAAUGAAUUGUAGUGAACGACACGAAAUAAAUUAUAUUUGUUAAAAGAG